AUUUUGUAGGGUGUUUGUCGCAGCUACUGGAGACGGGAGACGGUGGUUUGGCGACAUUUCUCUGCCAAAGGGUCAUUUGCUUUUGCGGAGAUGCGGCAUUCCAAACGAACUCACUGCCCUGAUUGGGAUAGCAGAGAAAGCUGGGGACAUGAAAGCUACAGUGGAAGUCACAAACGAAAGAGGAGAUCUCACAGUAGUACACAAGAGAACAGGCAUGGUAAACCACAUCAUCAAUUUAAAGAAUCUGAUUGGACAUGUGUGGAAAUAAAAAUGAAUGCCUAUACCCUUGUCAGUCUUGGCUAUUUUGAAAGGCUACAGUGAAAUAUUCACUGGGCAUUCAGUGAAUAUUUUUAAAAAUUAAAUCAAUCUGUUGUCCUGUCUACCCUGUCCACAGCCUGUGAAAUUCUGUAGACUUUGUUUAUAUAAUCGCUCAGCCUUGGUCAUUGGCCGUUAUAGAUUGAAGAGACCUUCAUCUUUUUAGUUUAUCCUCAUGGUAUUGUUUUACCUCAUGUUUUGUUAUCCUGUAGAUUGUUUAUGGAUUAUUAGUAGCUCUAACUUCGUGCAUUAUUCUGGCUAAAGAUUUGUUAGUGUUAGUUUUUUCUAGCAGAUUUUGGACUUUUAUGGGAAAGAUGCCUUACAGAAUUAAACAGGAUGCCCUCAAGAGUAUGCUCAUUUCUAGCUUCUUAUAUUGUAGAUCUCUUUCUGACAGUUCCAGGCCAACUGAUCAAAUGCCUGACCUAUACCCACAGUGUUACCCUGAUGUCCUGAGUUCUCCAAUGGAUAGAACUUAAGACUGACACUAGGCAAAGAGAGGAGGGUUCCUGCAUCUCCCCAGCCUGCAUUUGAUGAUAGCCCUGUUGGGUAGGAUUUAUAAAGAUGCUUCUAUUUCUUUCUGCCUAAACCAGCCCCCCUGGGAAAAAAAGGACAGCAUACUCUGGGAAAGGAAAGGGGUUGGUGAGGGCAGUUAGUCGACAUCUGUCACUCCAUUGCUUGUUAGGAUUAUUUUAGCCGAUUUGUCUGACUGGGCAGGUGUCCCCUCUCUCCCUCAGUGCUCCAUGUGCAUCCCUCUUGAAGCUUCGCACUCUGUUGAAGAGGACACUCAUCCCAGUCAUUAUUUAGAAGCAAGGUCCUUGAAUGAGAGAGAUUAUCGGGACCGGAGAUACGUUGAUGAAUACAGGAAUGACUACUGUGAAGGAUAUGUUCCUAGACAUUAUCACAGAGACAUUGAAAGCAGCUAUCGAAUCCAUUGCAGUAAAUCUUCAGUCCAAAGCAGGAGAAGCAGUCCUAAAAGGAAGCCUAAUAGACACUUUGGUUCAAGUCAUCAUUCACGUUCGAAGAGCCACCGAAGGAAAAGAUCCAGGAGUAUAGAGGAUGAUGAGGAGGGUCACCUGAUCUGUCAAAGUGGAGACGUUCUAAGAGCAAGAUAUGAAAUUGUGGACACUUUGGGUGAAGGAGCCUUUGGCAAAGUUGUAGAGUGCAUUGAUCAUGGCAUGGAUGGCAUGCAUGUAGCAGUGAAAAUCGUAAAAAAUGUAGGCCGUUACCGUGAAGCAGCUCGUUCAGAAAUCCAAGUGUUAGAGCAUUUAAAUAGUACUGAUCCCAACAGUGUCUUCCGAUGUGUCCAGAUGCUAGAAUGGUUUGAUCAUCAUGGUCAUGUUUGUAUUGUGUUUGAACUGCUGGGACUUAGUACCUAUGAUUUCAUUAAAGAAAACAGCUUUCUGCCAUUUCAGAUUGACCACAUCAGGCAGAUGGCAUAUCAGAUCUGCCAAUCAAUAAAUUUUUUGCAUCAUAAUAAAUUAACCCAUACAGAUUUGAAGCCUGAAAACAUUUUAUUUGUGAAGUCUGACUAUGUAGUCAAAUAUAAUUCUAAAAUGAAACGUGAUGAACGCACACUGAAAAGCACAGAUAUCAAAGUUGUUGACUUUGGAAGUGCAACGUAUGAUGAUGAACAUCAUAGUACUUUGGUAUCUACACGGCACUACAGAGCUCCAGAGGUCAUUUUGGCUUUAGGUUGGUCUCAGCCUUGUGAUGUUUGGAGCAUUGGUUGCAUUCUCAUUGAAUAUUACCUUGGUUUCACAGUCUUUCAGACUCACGAUAGUAAAGAGCACCUGGCAAUGAUGGAACGAAUAUUAGGACCCCUACCACCACACAUGAUCCAGAAAACAAGAAAACGCAAGUAUUUUCACCAUAACCAGCUAGAUUGGGAUGAACAUAGUUCUGCUGGUAGAUAUGUUAGGAGACGCUGCAAACCAUUAAAGGAGGUUGGCCCCUUGGCCCUGUAG